AUGCUUGGCAAACAUCGAUCCCUGGCGCACUUCGGUCUUAAGGACAAGCAAAAACACCGGCUCAUCCGAAGCUUCUGUGAAGAAGAUUAUGCCAUCAGCUACUACUUAGCUGAAUUCAUCAACUCCAUCAGCAACAUCGCAUACAGUCAGUACUCAUGCUCAUCCUCAGCCCUCCUCAUGCCCGCUCCGCUCACUCACCCAUGUGUAACAGUCUACCUCGCCCUUAGAGCCAUGUUCUGCCGUCAACACAACAAGCGCAUCACCCUCCGAGCAGACUACCUCUCGCUGUCGCUCCUCAUCCUCGGAAUCAACUCCUUCCUCUUUCAUGCCACACUCCGCGCGCUGCCCGAGUUCUGCGACGAGCUUGGAAUGUUGGGACUCACGUGGUCCUUGCUGCAGGCUACGCUGUGCAUGCGCCAGUCAUCACUGGCCCGCGUUCGCGCUAUCACUGUUGUGCUUGCGGCUGCGUACAUUAUAUUUUCUGCGGUGUAUAUCCUGUACUUGCCGCAUAUCAUUUACCAGGUUAUCGCCUUUACUACUGCGCUUGUGGGUGUCCUUCUCAGGAGUCAGUAUCUUCUUCACUGGGUCCGGCCGCCAUUUGCUGAGGCAAAGAGGAGGGAGUGGAAUGUUCGCGUGUGGAAGGCUGUUGGGAUCUGUAUUGCGGGGUAUGUGCUGUGGAAUGUGGACUUAGAGUGUUGCAUGUGGUUGAGGGGGUUGAGGGCGAAAGUUGGACUGCCGUGGGCUUGGGCGCUGGAGCUUCAUGGCUGGUGGCAUGUUCUUACGGCCGUGGGGGCCGCGAGGGUUAUGGAUGUGGUGAGGGACGUUUGGGAGGAGGAAGAGAGGGAGAGAAAGGAAGGGAAAAAGAUGGCAUGA